UAGGGCAAGCAGGGAGAGAGCCUUCCUUCUGCAACUGAAGCAGGCGGUCUGAAGAUCCAUGUGGAGCUCCUUAACCCGCAGCCUCUCUGACCAUCCAGUUGGCAAAGACCCGCAGGCCAUGAGGACUGGCCAAAGACAGAACAAAGGGAUGAGGACUCGACUGGGAUGCCUGUCGCACAAGUCAGAUUCGUGUAGUGAUUUCACAGCUAUUCUUCCUGACAAACCCAACCGUGCUCUCAAGAGACUAUCCACAGAAGAAGCUACGAGGUGGGCAGAUUCCUUUGAUGUGCUUCUCUCCCACAAGUAUGGGGUGGCUGCAUUCCGCGCCUUCCUGAAGACGGAGUUCAGCGAGGAGAACCUGGAGUUCUGGUUGGCCUGUGAGGAGUUCAAGAAGACCAGGUCAACUGCUAAACUGGUCUCCAAGGCCCAUAGGAUCUUUGAGGAGUUUGUGGACGUGCAGGCUCCACGAGAGGUAAACAUCGACUUUCAGACCCGAGAAGCCACGAGGAAGAACAUGCAGGAGCCAUCCCUGACUUGCUUUGACCAAGCCCAGGGAAAAGUACACAGCCUCAUGGAGAAAGACUCUUACCCCAGGUUCCUGAGGUCCAAAAUGUACUUAGAUUUGCUGUCCCAAAGCCAGAGGAGGCUCAGUUAGACCUCAGAUGGGGACUCUUGGAAAUCACUGGCUUUCCCCUCCCCUUGCUGCC